AUGCAUACAAACCCCUUAACCGGCCGCAAUCAGCUAUUCCAAACCCCGCACUCCCGCUGGUUGGCCCUCACCCAUCGCGAUCCAUCAUCUCACUCCUCUUUUCUCUAUGGCGUCAAGUCCACAAAAAUAUACUGCCGCCCCACGUGUCCUGCGCGCCUCGCUCGACGAGCCAAUGUCGUCUUCUAUGACACACAAGAGCAAGCGCGCCGCGACGGCUUUCGGCCCUGCAAGCGCUGUCGACCUGACAACGCGGGCUUUGUCGGGGUUGCGGAGGAGAUUGUUUCACGGGUUAUAGCGCUUGUGCGGGUCGAGAGAGACUCUUAUGAUGAUAACAAUAACAAUAACAGAGGGAAUGAUGAAUUGACGAUGAUGAAGCGCAGCUUGAAGGACUUGGCUCACGAAGUCGGGGUUACGCCGAGUUAUCUUUGCCGCGUGUUCAAGAAGAGGAUGGGGGUUACGAUUGGGACGUAUAUGAUGGAGUUUGAGAGAGAGGAGGGAGGAGAAACAGAGGUAGGCAAGAGUGGAAAUGCGUUGGAUCGAUCUUUUCAUGAUACUCCUAAAUCAGCCCGAAAUCCCGCUCUAGCGCCUCAGAUUCUAGAUGGAGGCCUAGUAGAGACUUCUGGUAUGCAGAAUGGUGAAGAGGCGCUGGACUUGAAUUUUGAUUUUGAUGAGUGGUUCUGGGCUGAAGAGUUUGUGAAUGAUAGAGUGAUUGAGUGCGCCGUUUGA